CUUCAAUAAAUAAUUAGCAGAUGAACUUCCGUGUGCGUAAAGUCGUUGCUGCUUCCGCGUCAUGUGAAGUUCCCCUGUUGGCUGGACGGUCCACUGCUGCCAGGAACUAACUAUCAGUACAAUGCCUGCGAUUCCAGAGGAGUUAGCGACGCUCAUUUCAGACGUAGAAUGUUUCCUAGGAGAAGGAUUAAAAGGGGAAAAUCUAAGCAAGAAGGCAAAAGAGAAGAGGGAUGCCUUCAUCAAACGGAUUAAAGAGGUCAAAUUGGGUUUCCCGCAUGAUUUCAAGGACAAAAGUGGAGAUGACUCAGAUGAUGAUGAGGAAGUUGACAGCAACAAUGAAGGAGGGUCGCUGCAGUCAGAGCGCACAGACAAGGACGAAGAUGCCUUGGAUGGUGCCCAGCAGUCCCCACCUGUGGCGGCUCAGGACCUGCCGUCUGUCUUUAAAGCGGGAUACCUUGAGAAGCGCAGAAAGGAUCACAGCUUUUUUGGCACCGAGUGGCAGAAGAGAUGGUGCGCUCUGAGCCAUCACACCUUCUACUAUUAUGGCCAUGAGAAAGACAAACAGCAGAAGGGGGAGUUCAGUAUCGAUGGCUACACCGUCAAGAUGAACUGCGCCUUACGGAAGGACUCAAAGAAAGACUGUAGCUUCGAAAUCACGGCUCCAGACAAGCGAGUCUAUCAGUUUAGUGCGUCAACGGCGAAAGAGGCGGAGGAAUGGGUGAAACAAGUAGACUUUGUCUUGAGAGAUAUGACAGGCAUCAUCCCAGAAGAGGAUGACGAGGAACAGGAAGUGUAUGAUGAUGUUGGAGCUAUAGAAGAUACAGCUGAGUCUGCGCCGAUCGAUGAAGACAUCUAUGAAGAGCUCCCAGAGGAGGACAUGCCCACUCCUGCUAAGCCUCCUCCAAAAGUGGAACCAGCCAGCAAACCUGCUCCUCCUGCUUCAGUUGAUAAGAGCACAGACUACCCAAACUUCUACCAGGGCUUAUGGGACUGUGCAGGGGACCACCCAGACGAGUUGUCCUUCAAGCGUGGAGAUGCCAUCUACAUCCUGAGCAAGGAGUACCAGAACUUUGGCUGGUGGGUCGGAGAGAAGAAUGGGAACAUAGGAAUCGUCCCCAAAGAGUUCCUGAUGGAGCUUUACGCUCUAUAAAUACACACCAUGAUCAUUUCCUCCCAUAUCCACUGUAAGAGACUGAUGACUGGAUGAAACUGACUGAAAUACAUAUUUAAGAGUAUUUUUCUACAGUAUCUGCAUGUUGCACUGCUUGUUUAUAUUUAUUUCCUACCUUAGAUACAGUUUUCCCUCACCAUUUCAUGCGCUGCUUUUGGCGAAUUUGUUAUUUGCAAAUGGCAAGAUAAAUAAAGGUUUACACAUAUCUGUUG